GGUUGAUCACACAUUUUAUAGAGUAAUCGUGUAACGUAGCAUACUCCUGAAUCUAUGCAAUUUUAUUAUGAUAACUUAAAGUUGUAGAUAGAGCUGUUACUGGGAAAACUUAUUCGAGGUUUGAAGAUUUACAGUAAAUCUUCAUAAAGCUUAGUUCUUUUAGAAAUGGGACAGUUACGAAUGCGUGUAACUGAAAAACCAUUCGUUUGAUCGAAAUAAUUUCUAUGAACGAAAUUAAGGUAAUCUUAUGAUAAUUCAUGAAAAAAUUUGAAAAAAAAUUAUUUAUCGUUUUUUGUAAGAAAAAAAUUUACUUUAUUCUUGGUAUCUCCCAUCGGCCAGCGCACACAUUUUUCAGUCAUGAUAUUGAUCAGUUUUUCCAAAUUUUACUUCGUCAAAUUUGUAUUUUAGGUGGCUGUAUCCUCCUCCUUCAAUUUCUGCUACUUCUCGGUCCAAUACUUCUCUUUCAAAAGAAACUGAGGGCAAUUUAGUGGAUACAGCUGUUUCGAAAUUGACAAAACUUGAUUAUUUUCGAGCUACUUUAAAGCAUUUUUAAUGGAAUUUCUGCUGGUAAAACCAGACAAUAACGAAGUAAAACCAUCAUGAGAUUAAUACUAAAGUAUAAUCGGUUAGUAUAGAUCGUAGGUUGCGAAGGGUACAUACAAGUUAACUCUUUUUAGGCUUUGAAAAACAGCAAAAACCAAAGUUUUCGUUUCGAAAAUUUUUGUUGUUUUUUUUUCACAGGAGCUGAAUCUUAGUAAAUCAUUAUAUUUUUUACAAACAACCAUCAAAUAAAUACUUUAAUAUGCUGGGCACCUUACCACGAGCAGAUAUGUUAUGGGAUUAAAACUCUGAAAUUUGUUUGAUAUAGGGUUUUUUCAUAAGUUUUGUCGUCCGUCAGAAUCAUCUGUCUCAUAGCCUCGAUACCGACUAUACAGCUUACAAGCUUUGGAACAUGUAAAACUUUGUUUUUUGAGGUUAGAUUUGCAUGACUCCUAACGAGGCAACACUUUCAGCAUAUCGGAGGAAAAAUUUGCUGGACAUUUUAGCGAUCUUCACUUAGUUUUUUGCUCAUUCAAAAUUAAUAAAUCUGGUAUAAGACUUGACUUCCCUGAUGACCCUUAACCGUAGUUACCGAUCAUGUACUUCACUCCAAUGCUUGAUUUGAACUUUGUGGACAUUUUUAACAAUGUUGGCGUACUUUUCCACCACUCACACACAGUAAUUCUUUGAAUAAUCAACGGUUUUGUCAGCUUUUGAUUUAAUAAUGACGGAUUUUGAAGGAAACUGUGCAAAAUUAUUUUUUUCUUUUUCUCUUGCAUCGUACAUGUCUCAAAAGUGCGUUAACUUAAAAUUUUGACAAAAAUAGGUCUGGUAGUACUUUUUACAGGCAGCAAAAUGCUGUAAAGGUUUUGUAUUUCCGAUUAGUAGUAAACGAGCUAUUGACAAAAGAAAGUGUCCCAUUUCUAAAAGAACUAAGCUUUACCUCGAAUAAGUUUUGCCAGUUUUUAAGCUUUUUUUAUCAGAUUUAAUCUUUUUUGCCUUGAUAGCAUUGGAGAUGAAAGCUUAAAAACAUCGGAAAGCUUCAAUCUAAUAAAAAACAAGCUUAAAUCUAGGAGAUGUUUGUAAAUGACUUGUAUAACGUUGCAUACUCGUUACAACACAUCAAUUUCCUCAGUCGAUUUCUUAUAUUUGUGGGCACUAAAAAAAUGCUUAAAAUGUGAUGAUAUUAAUUUUAUGCCAAAAACUAAGUUCAUUUUUAACACCCAACACUUUACGCCUUUGUGUAGGCACAAGCUAUUUUUGGGAGAAAUAUCAGUGUGCUACACUGGCACAAUUCAAUCUUAUUUAUUCUAAUAUGGCUUUUAACAAUUUUCCACUGAAUACAGUCAGAUGUGCGUUGUCAUCUACUCACAGUUUGGGGAUUUCCCGUGUCGUCUUGUAUUCUUGCCACGAAAUCAUUCUCACAAGCAUUUCACUAGCACAACAUUGCACGAAUUGAAAGAGAAGAAGGAACAUCUGCAUGAAUGUAAAUGCGGUUUGUUUGUUGAUCCUGUUUUAAUUCUUUCUACCGGCUUUGUUGUGAAUCUUUCUUCGCAAAUGUCCCCUGCCCAGCAAGAGUGCAUGCAAAAUCGUUGAACCUGAUCCACGACGAGACACUCCUCCUUUCUUCAUUCAUGAUUAGUCGUUCGUUAAAGUGCAACUCGUGCGUGCGUGCGUGCGUGAUCGAUUCUUUUUGUAGUUUGUUCCUAAUCACCGGUAAUUGAUCUUACAUAAGUUUUUCAGUGAUAAGAUUGCUGAUUCGUUUACCGAUAAAUGAAAUAAUAUUUAGUUGAACGAGUUAAUCAUAUCUUAAGGAAAUGACCGACAAACAAAAGUGCCAAAGCCGUGCCGGAACACCACUUCCGGACCACCGGGAAGCCACCGACACGCUGCUGCAGAUGCUCGAGAACUGGGACAACAUCUUCAAGUGCACCAUCUGUCUGAUCAAGCUGGACGAUCCCCAUCUGUGUCCCCGAUGUUCGAAGCUCUACUGUUACGGUUGUAUCGCCGAGUGGCUUUCGGAUGAUCGUGAUCGUGAUGAUGAUGACUACGUUGUGGUCGAUGAUGAUGCUGGUGGAUCGUCCUCGUCGGCUGGAAAUCGAAGAAGGGGGCGACGCCAUCGAAACUGCCCCAACUGCAAGGUGGACCUUCAACUGGACAGCCUUGUGAAAGUUCGCUGGUUCGAGGAGGUGGAAAAAUUGCAGCAACAUCGCAAUCAGAAAGGAAGCUCUUCUGGGGGUGGUGGGGGCGAUCCGAAAGUGGCCACCAGUCGACUGGCCAUUGACGGACCCGGCCAAAAUAACGGAGGAGGAUCAUCGGCGAUGAUCUCGAGGAAAGAUUUCUGUCCGAAGCAUUUGAAGGUGAUCAAUUUCUAUUGCUGCACGUGUAAAUUGUGCGUAUGUGAGCAAUGUGCCGUGUCGGAUCGAUACCAUUUGAAUCACACCUUCAAGAGUUUGGACGUGAUCUACGAAAGCAAUCUGGAGAUCGCGGAAGAAGAAUUCGAGAAGGUCCGGCAUUACUCGCAGAAAAUUGCUGCCUUGAUUGCGAAGGUCGAUCGCAAUAUGGAGCUGGUGCGAAAAGUCAAGGAUGAGAAGCUACGGGAAAUCCGGGACAUUGCCGAGGCAGCCAUCAAGGGAUUGGAACGGCAGGUGGGCGAAAAAAUGCUUAAAUUGCAGGAACACAAAUUCGCACUUUCGACAGAAAUGCAGGAGGUGGAAAGUGCCCUACAACGUAUGGAGUCAGAAGUGACCGGUAGCAGCAAAUCGCAGUUUAUAGCAAAAAAAUCUCGGCUUUUCAAGGAGUGCACUCAAAUUCGAAUGAACCCGAUCAAGGACUUCAAACAAAUUCGGGUUCCGGUCAGUUUGAAAAUUGAAAUCCCCAUAAUCUACGAGACUGGAAUAUUUGUAAUCGAAAAUUUCUCUUCCUUUGACGACAACAAAAUGGCUUAUUCGAACGAGUUCGCUGACAAUUUUGGCCACCUUUGGCGCAUCAUGGUCUGGUGUGUGAUAUCGGACGAUCAGCUGGGAAUCUAUCUGGAGCUGGUCGAUGGUUUUCCUUGUUGGAUGGAAUGCCGCUUCCAGCUGAUCCACCCGGACUCGAAGCGGGGCAUCCACAAGAAGAUCGAGCAGUACUUCGAUCGGUCCAGCCAGAAAGAUUGGGGCUUUCGCGAUUUCGUGGCACUUAAGACAAUCUUAGAUGACAACUACCUCAAGGAGGACGAUUCCCUGGAGCUGUUGUAUCACAUUCGACCUUGCGGCUCAGGAGAUCAUCCGGAGUCGUGAGGAGUGAUUAUGUGAUGAGGCCCAUCGAAAUUGCUUGCUGAUCUCGCUGAUAGUCCACACGAUCUGCCAAUAUGUCUAGCCAACCUUCCAAAAGCCAUCGCGCAUCGCAAACACAAAAUUGAGUGAGAUGUAGCCGUAAUUAUGUUUCGUGGAUUCAAUCCACCCAACAUCGCGCGGAUUCGACGAAAUAACCCCCGAGAUAAGAAAAAGCCUCCAGCCAAAUGCUAUUACUUUUUGCGCAAAAAUAAAGUGUCAUUUUGUCUCACCGCGACCUCAGGGCGGCGUAAUGCAUUUUGUGCUCUUUUUUUGUUGUUUGUUGUUUUAUGAUAGGUAUUUUUGUUUUCGCGUGAUGGCAUCCUAAAAUGGCACAUGAGCGCUCGAAUUGUACCGCGCACAGGAUUAUGUAACAGUGCCAGUGCAACGCAGUCGUAGGUAAUUAUAAAUUUCCUGAACUUGUGCACCGUUUUUUUUUAUUUACAUCACACAGCUAAUCAACACCAAGUUUUUUUUCCGAGGUGCAAAUGAUAAUUUGUCACUGAGUCAGAGCGUUAAGGGAGUUAAAUUGCGAAAGAAAAGUAGGAAUUCUCGGUCAGAGGGCACAUGCUUCUGACAUAGAUAAGUACAAUGUGGUGGGUAAUCGUUGGGAAGGUAGAAGAGAAAUAGUUAUUAUGAAACAUUUUUUGAAGGAGGUCGCAGGUUUAAUGAGAAGUUGAUUUUUAGCUUUCAAUUUUUUUUGUAAAUUUUGAUUUGCAAUUCAAUUAACCUUUUGUAUUGAAACUCUUAACUUGACAUACAAAACUUAGAAUGGAUUUUUAUUAAGAAUUGUAACUAAACAAGAAAAGAGUUUGAAACGAACCAUUUUAACUUUAAAAUUAAUUUAUCGAAUACUAAUUUUAUACAUCGUAAGUUUGAAACCAUGCAACAGGCACAAUGAUCAACCGAAUUAGCAAAAAAAAAAACAAACUAAAAUCUAAUAUCCUUACCUUAUUACUUAAAUUUUGAUUUAAUAAAAUCGUUUAUGUGAUUAAAAAUGUUGUGCUGAUAAGGAAUACUCUUCAAGAAACCAAUUUCAGUCUUAAUUACAUUUUGUAUUUUUUGUUCUUGCUCAACAUCAGAUUUGAAAAGGUUUUGAUAAAUAACACAAGACCACAAAAUCUACAUUUCCCAAGGUAAAUGAAUUUAAAAAAGUAAUUUUGUCUAACUUGAGUGCCCUGAAUCUAAAUCACUGAUAAAUCUAAAUAUUCAAUCUUUCUAUCACUGC